UUGGACCACCAGUGGAGAGCGAAACGUUUUUCGGCGUCGCUAGUGUGGUAAAAGGUCCUCCGACGCCGCGAAAACGUUCGCAUCGAUCUUCGAUCGCUGACGCGGCAACGACUAUUCUGGAAGCAGUGCCGGAUAUUGUAUCGCAUCCAGAGCCUGAGAAUCUCCAUUCAGCGAAGCGGCGAAGGAUGGCUGAGCGACAGGCACAGAGCUCCAUAACCGGAUCAACGUAUACGCCUAAGCCACCGCCUCUGCUGGAUCCUAGUCACCAAGCUUCUUGUCUCAGUACCAGUGAUGGUCCUAUUGUUAGCUCUCCAGGUGCCGAUGACAGAGAACAUGGUACCAUAAGCCUAGCCCUGUCUUCAACCAACCACCACGAUGUAGAAGAUGGCGAUGGUGCUUAUGUUCAGGGAGCAGUCGAGGAGCAGUCACAGACAAAAAGUUCCAUCACUCCUUUCCAAGAAAUUCUAUUUGAACAAGACGUUCGUGGAGAAUCCAACAGGCGUGUGAUAAGUAGACAAGGCAGCGGAAGCGAAGUCGGGGAAACCUUCGAAGAUGAACACAGCUAUGACGAGUCAAGCAUUAUCCGUCCAUCGAGAUCACAACGGCCUAGGCGUAAGAUUUGGACACCCGCGAUGGCACGCAAGCCAUCAAACACUUCUCCUAAGCCAUUGGACUACGACACAGUACCUGCGAGGCUAUCACAGCGAGUAAAGUUGAGCCAACCACAAAGAAAGCCGGUACCGGGACGACGCAAUACCGACGAAAGGCCUCGAACUUGCUUCCUAGAAUCAGAUACACCAGGCACAACGGCUGACCAUGGAACCGACAUCCACUAUGGUUGCGACCUUGGCAUGUCUGGUCAGAUAACUGAUCUAACACUCUGCACUAUUCCAAAUGGCUCUUCAGUCGUGACGGCGAUGUUACGUCCCCAUAAAUCGGAUAGUUACCUCGACGUGGUAGCCCUAGGUCGCAAGGUCCUUGGCGAACAAGGAAACGUCAUCCGUAUGACCCAGAUGUCGUCCGAUUCAUGGGUGCUGCUAGGGUAUCGGUGUAAUGAUAGUAGUCUAAACCCUUGCAAUCGCCGAAGCCCGAAUGCAGAGUGGAUUAACGGUCUUCAUAAUGACGCUGCUACCUAUAAAAUGGAUCACUCAGACAAUGACGACAACGAUCACGAUUGCGACGAAGAGAACGAACAUGAGGAGCAGUUUACAGACAGAUACAGCCAACGAAUACGCAAGUUGUGGCUAGAGUCGGAGGAACUACUUCUACUCUCGUUGAAGGAUGAACAGGGUAUGGACUGGGAAGAGGUGUGUGAACGCUUCCCUGGUCGGUCGCUUGGUGCAAUAAAACUGCGCUACUACACGUUACGGAAGAGAGGUUAG